GGAAGUGGCGCCGCCGGGAGAUCCCCUUCCGCUCUGAGGCGCGAUCAGGGCUUCCGAGCCGGAUUGCGGCCGGGGCAGGAAGAGCCGGGCUGUGGCUGACAUGGAGCAGCCCCUCCGCUGAGGCCACACCCUCCCCGCCUUGCUGUGGGGGCCACCAGAAUGAACAAGCUGUCGGGGGAGCUGACCCGAGACUUGGAGCGCAGCCUGCCGGCUGUGGCCUCCCUCAGCUCCUCCCUGUCCCACAGCCAGAGCCUCUCCUCACACUUCCUUCUGCCGCCUCCCGAGACGCGCCGCGCCAUCUCCGAUGUCCGCCGCACCUUCUGCCUCUUCGUCACCUUCGACUUGCUCUUCAUCUCCCUGCUCUGGAUCAUCGAGCUGAACACUAACACAGGCAUUCGGAAGAACUUGGAAGAGGAGAUCAUCCACUACCGCUUUAGAACUUCCUUCUUUGACAUCUUUGUCCUGGCCUUCUUCCGCUUUUCGGGGCUGCUCCUGGGCUAUGCUCUGCUGCGGCUCCGGCACUGGUGGGUGAUUGCGGUCACCACGCUGGUGUCCAGUGCGUUCCUCAUUGUCAAGGUCAUCCUAUCUGAGCUGCUCACCAAAGGGGCAUUUGGCUACCUGCUCCCCAUCGUCUCCUUUGUCCUUGCCUGGUUGGAGACCUGGUUCCUUGACUUCAAAGUCCUACCCCAAGAGGCCGAGGAGGAGCGAUGGUAUCUUGCUGCCCAGGCCGCUGUUGCCCGAGGACCUCUGCUCUUCCCUGGUGCUCUGUCCGAGGGCCAGUUCUAUUCACCCCCCGAAUCCUUUGCAGGGUCUGAUAAUGAAUCAGAUGAAGAAGUUGGGAAGAAGAGCUUCUCUGCCCAGGAUCGUGAGUACAUCCGCCAGGGCAAAGAGGCCACGGCGGUGGUGGACCAGAUCUUGGCCCAGGAGGAGAACUGGAAGUUCGAGAAGAAUAACGAAUAUGGGGACACUGUGUACACCAUCGAGGUUCCCUUUCAUGGCAAGACGUACAUCCUGAAGACCUUCCUGACCUGCCCUGCGGAGCUGGUGUACCAGGAGGUGAUCCUGCAGCCCGAGAGGAUGGUGCUGUGGAACAAGACGGUGACCGCCUGCCAGAUUCUGCAGCGAGUAGAAGACAACACUCUCAUCUCUUAUGAUGUGUCUGCGGGGGCUGCAGGCGGUGUUGUCUCCCCCAGGGACUUCGUGAAUGUCCGACGCAUCGAGAGGCGCAGGGAUCGAUACCUGUCAUCAGGCAUCGCCACCACCCACUGUGCCAAGCCCCCAUCACACAAAUAUGUCAGGGGAGAGAAUGGUCCUGGGGGCUUCAUCGUGCUCAAGUCGACCAGUAACCCCCGAGUCUGCACCUUCAUCUGGAUCCUGAAUACAGAUCUCAAGGGCCGCCUUCCCCGGUACCUCAUCCACCAGAGCCUCGCAGCCACCAUGUUUGAAUUUGCCUUUCACCUGCGGCAGCGUGUCGGAGAGCUGGGGGCCCGGGCAUAGGCUCACCCCCUCGCCACCCUGCAGGCCAGGGUCCUGUCUCAUAGCCUCCAGAGCCAGAGUGGGGCCAGCUGGGUUUCCUGCUGCCCACAGAGGACUGGCCUCAAGCAGUGGGGAGGGGCCUCCUCCCGCUGGAGUACCCUGGCCCCUGGCUGCCUCCCGCCCCCAGGCUUCACGUGCUUGGGAGCCGUGGCUGGGGCCUGCGUCUGGACUCCAGGGCUCUGCCCUGCUGAUGUCUCCAUGGCACCCCUGUGUCCGGAUGAGGAGCUCUGCUGUCCCCUGCUGCCCAGGGGCGAGAUCUGGAAGGGGACCCUGCAAGACUGGACAGGGGAGGACAGGGCCCCGGCAGGACCGAGGUCAGGGCAGCCUGGUCCCCAGUGUUAUGGUGGGUGUGGGAGCCCCUUCCUUCACCUGCUCUCUCAUCAUGCUUUUCCAGGAUCUCAAGGGUCUGGGACCUUUUUCCACAUGCACUUGUGGGGGAGCCUGGAGCAGGCAGGGGUGAGAGGCACCAUCAGUGACCCUGUGCCUCUCCCAGGCUCUCUCCCUGUCCCCAGGCCUCCUGGUGUGUGUGGGGGGGGGGAGCUUUGUAAUUUGAGCCAAUAAAACACAUGAACUCAAGAAAAAAGAGAGCCCCACCUGCCUGGCCGCUUGCAGGGAAGGAGGGCAGCAGCGCCCGGGAGGUGCCCCCACCAAGACCCUCACGUGCCCUCUCAACCUCCCAGCCCACAGGAGGCCAAAGCUGAUUCCUGGAACCCCCAUCUCUUCCAAAUGGUUCAGCUGGGUGGAGGACUGGCCAGGGAACGCCCCACCCCCUGGCAGGCCUCCUGGAAGGGGAGGUCAGGCUGAGGUCUCCAGCCUACGAAUGGGGGGAGGGAGGCAACAACAGGGCAG